AUGGAACGAGGACAAAAUUCGUAUCAGAGAAAAUGUCGUGAUAAUAACUAUUAUAAGGAAUUUAAUACUGAAAAAUUCAAUUUGGAAGAGUCCAUUGAACAUUUUAUUCAUAAAAAUAAAAUAUGUCGAUCAUCUGUUGAACACUUUGUUAAAAACAUACCAGAGAAUGUCUCAAAUAAAACCAGUAUCAAUUUGUGUACAAAAAAACUGCAAUCAAAAUAUAAUCAAAACACAAAGUGCAAGACAAUAAACGAUCGUUUCUCAUUGUUCGAGAAUGAAAUUAAUGUUUAUUUUAAUGAUCAAUUAAAACAAGUAAACGUGAAUCAACAAGAAAUAGAAUCAAACAGUCUAACAAAUGUGAGUCAUAGUAUUAACGAUAGUGUGUGGUCAAUGCUUGCUGUAUGUGAAAAUCAAAUAUCAAAUGAAGCUAUAGAAUCAGAAACAUCCAACUUUAAUCAUCAUCAAUGGUUGAAUAAACGAAUGUCAAGAAAUAAAAAUAUUAAUCGACAGUUUGACAGCUGUUAUUCAUCAACAAAAACACCGUUAGCAGAUAAAGAACAACGACACUCGAAAAACCCGUACACGUUUAAACAACCAUCAUUAAUUUUGAAUCUACCAUUGCAACAACGAUCAAUAGAAGAAAAUGCAUCAAAAUUAAAAAAUAUUAGUCACUCCAAUGUACAAAAGGAUAUCAAGAAGAACAAAUUUUUGAUCUAUGAAACUAGCUCUAGUGUUAACACCGAUUCAUCGAGUUCAAUAUCACAAAUGAAAAAAAAUGAUACUAAGAAAAAUCUGAGACUAACUUUAAAUUCAUCAAAAACAGAAUGUACACCGAAUAUGUAUGUGAAACGAACGAUGACCGAAGAUGAAAAUGUCCACGUUAUUAAUCGAGCAAAAUCCGCUGGACAACUAUUAAACAAUAUUGAUCAUUCAAUAAGUGAUACAAUUUCGAAAAAAAUUGUUGCAAAAAUAGACGCCCUAUUAAAUGAUCUUAAAAAAUUUGAUUAUAAAAUAUCAACUGAAAGAAAAUUAUCAAAAUAUAUUGCACAUUAUUUGAGACAAAAAAUAAAAAAUGUUCAAACGAAUCUUACAGACGAUAUUAUAAAUGCCUACAUCUCUUUUAAACAAUUUAUUUAUGAAAAAUUAACAUCAUCACUUAAAAAUCGAUAUUUACAUACACCAUUAUCUACAACAACGUCGAAACUAACAAUUAAAUCCAAAAAUUUAGCAGCAAACUCAAUUUUAACAGUACCGUUAACAUCCAACACUGAUCAAUCAUCAAUUUCAUUCAAUAAAUUAAAUCAGAAAUUCUCAUUAUCAAAUGAAUAUAAAGCACAUAAUGACAACAUCGAUAAAUUAUUGAAGCAAAUUCGACAGUUAGAAAAAAUAUUUUUAAAUUUGAGAGAACAAACAUACAAAACUAAUGAUGAUACAACGAUAGAUCGAGAAAAAUCAAAAUUAAAACAAACAGAUAUACUAAAUAAACUGAAUAAAUUAAAUGAAAUUUUAAGGCAAGUUUUAUCGAAAGUUCAUUAUGCAAAACAACAACAGCAGAAUAAUACAAACAGGACACAAAUGAAAAAUUCAUCCAAAUUCAGGUACGAUAGAGAAUUCAUUCGCCAUAUAUAA